AUGAUGAAGCCUCGCAAUGGGGCGAGGAAAUCGGUCCCGUUGAGGUUCAUCCUUGGUCUCUUCCUAGUGAUUGGCAUAUUGACGUCCAAUGCUGAGGCGAAGCAUUCUGGAAGAGAAAUUCUGGACGACGAAAGUCAAAUGGAAUUGGAGGCGGCACAGCACAAACAGUCCAUGGCUUCGCUGAACUCCCUGGUGGAAAAGACGAUGGAAAAGGAGGAAGAACUUGAAGCUGAAGAAGAGGCUGAAGAAACAUCAGAUCCUAUUAUCGAAUUUACACCCAAAGGGCGACGUGGUCCCGUUGAUGACCCACCCGGCAACAAUACAAAGCCGAAGAAGCCGCCUGGUGGUCCCCCUGGCUCUGCCAAUGAAACCACGCCAAAUGGACCUCCUGGGAACUUAACCAAUGCUACAGAGCCUAGUGGUCCGCCUGGAAACUUAACCACACCCAGUGGACCUCCAGGCAAUGAGACUGAAGCAAAUGGACCACCAGGCAACCUUACCACACCAGUUGGACCACCUAGCAAUGAAACCAAUGCUCAGGGCCCACCAAGCAACGACACCAAUGCGCAGGGCUCGCCUAGCAACGAAACCAAUGCCCAGGGCCCACCAAGCAAUGAAACCACACCGGCUGGACCAGCUAGCAAUGAAACCAAUGCCCAGGGCCCGUCAAGUAAUGAAACCACACCAGCUGGAGCGCCUAGCAACGAAACCAAUCCAAACGAUCUACCAGCCGAAGAAAGGAAUUCUACUGACAGCUCCGACGGCGCAUCCUCGGGCAAUGAAACAGCUCCAAACGAUCUACCAGGCAAUGAAAGCAACUCUACUGACAGCUCCGAUGGCGCAUCCUCGGGCAAUGAAACAGCUCCAGAAAACAAUACUGCGCCUGAGGAACCCCCUGCUGCUGAGGAGCCAGAAGUACCCGAGCAGACGGAGGAAGACAAAGAGAAGCAAGAGUGGGAGUUGCACAUUUUAGCUUGCUUCAAAGACAUGGCAACUGCCGAUGCAAAUCACGACGACUUUCUGAGUGCACACGAGUAUGAGCAAUUCUGCAACAUCUUUGCGAAUCGUAUCUUUGUCUCCCAGGAUGUUCUCAGAAAGAAGCCACGAUGGCAACUCGAGGAACUCUUCGAGGACCUGAUCUUGGAAGAUCGCUUUGGCGAUGGAAAGGAGGAGGUCAACAUCUUUGGGGCUCGUUUUGAAACCAUAGAAGGCCUCGAUAACAACCAAAACAGCUACCUACAGAUGAUCUGCAACCAAUCCGAAAAGAUUAUUCGUCAACUUGGUCCCACGCAAGCGACAGCUGAUAGGAGCAAGGAAGAUUGCGAUCUCCACAAGGGAUCCGUCACCUAUCACGGAACAAAGCCCCCUGAGGCGGUUCCUCCUGUUACGGUACAUAUCGUACACGGGGAUAAAUCGAUAGUGGUGGGCAAUAUUACGAUCGAAGAUGCGCCACCACCAGCCAACAGCACUAACACAACAGAUGCAAAUCUCGUGACAUUGGACACUGAUACCUCCAUCUCCGAAGUCUUGGAUGCUGUUGCCGAGCUCUUUGAUUACGAAGAGGGCCCCGAGGUGCCUGAUGGUGUUCUAGCCAAUGCUCCAGCCAAUGCUACCCCACCUGCGAAUGGUCCGGUCCCUGUGACCCCUCCAGCUCCAAAGUCUCUCAGUCUCCCACCAAACGCAUCCAGCGCUGCAAAAGAAGCCGUUGCUGGUUCCAAAGGAAAAGGUAAGAAGGAGAAAGGCACCAAUGCCACGCAGGUCAAAGCAACCGAUGUGAAUGCAACGGAUGUGAAUGCAACCGAUGCGAACGAAACAAGUGCAAGGAACGACGAUAGCGAUGACGCGGUUGCAGACGAUGAUGCCGCAUACGAGAGCCCUCUUGACUCGAUUUUCGGUGCCGUUCAGGACUUUUUGGGUUUCGGUGGCGACGACGACGACGCUGUUGUUGAUGACUCCGGGAAUGUCACCAGUGGAGCCAAUGGGACAGCAACCGGAGGAGGCAACGCUACCAGCAGCAACACGACGGACAGCGACGGUGACGGUGACGACGACGAUGGUGGCAGCUUUUUAGACUCAUUCUUGGGAGGUUCAGACGAUAAUGGCGUUACAAACAGCACCAACGCAACAAGCACCAACACAACGGAUGGUAGCGGUGAAGACGAUGAUGCCAGCUUUUUAGACUCAUUGUGGAGUGGUUCAGGUGAUGAUGAUGAUGCCGUCACCACAAACUCUACAGAAGGAAACUCUACAGAGGCAGACACGAAUACAACAGAGGCCGAUGAUGACCUAUUUUCUAUAUACACUACUCCCAUAUCCGAAGCAUUGGAUGCAGUUGCCGGAUUGCUGGGAGGGGGAGAAGGAGAAGAGAGGCGGAAUCUGCGUGGCGACGAUCGAAUUCGAGCUUUUCGAGCGAACUAA